AUGAUCUUCCUCUUUUUCUCCCAUGCCACCCUCACUCUCAGCAUGGCGGCUGACUCCUCCGUUUCCAUUCCCGAGGACAACGGCUUUAAUUCCGCGAUCGAGCUCCCCCAGUCCUUCGAUGCCGUCGAUGCCUCCGAAUUCGUUCACAACACCCCGAGCGUCGACCUUAACACCACCCAAGAACGCGAUCUCGAGAACUCGAAGAACGACGGCCCUGACAAUGACGAUUCCGAGGAUGUCGGCUUCACACCCACCCUCUCUCGCCGUGCCGUACCCCCGUUGCUCGUUUGCGAAACCAGCGAAGGCUCUCCCUGGGUGAAAGAUAUCCGCGAUGUCGCCGAUUGGAUGAUGAACCCAAAAUUGCAGGGAGAAUGGGACUGCAAGCAAAGGAACCCGGUCAAGUCCAGGUGCAACAGAGUCCAGUGGUCUGGCACUGCGGAGGCUGCUCUCUGUGGCCGCCAUGGAUUAAUAGUGAGCUGCAGAAUCUUGGCCAUGGGCAUCAGGGCUGUUGUCGAGCAUUGUACUCGCGAUGGAAGGGCCGGGGGGAGACUCAUAUACGAUACCAUCGGCGCUUCCCUCAUCGUGUAUAACACAUCGAAGCUCUAG